UCUGAGUCUAAUGUUAUUGCUCUGAGACCUUCUGUGAGCAACACAUCAGGUUGCAUCAGGUAAGUCAUGAAGAUGUCCUGGAAAAUUUUUUAUUAUUAAAACAAAUGAAAAAAAAAAUAUCGUAAAGAAUGUUUUGUAUUUUUUGACUCAGACAUACUGCUCUUUAACUCUGGUAUCUAAAAAGGGUCAAGUUUUUCCACACCGUUAUAAGGCUGCUCUUCUGCUCAACAGCACACAUCCGUUUGCCCAUCCAGGCAUGCUGCAGCGUGAGCCGCUCUCCACCCGGCCAUGCUUGCUUUGGCUCGUGCUCUAGCAAAUUAAUGAGCGAAGCAGCGCGCGCCGAGGGCUGACCGAAAUCGCCUGCAGUUGCGGAUCAUUGAUAUUUUAAAUCUCCAUCUGCUGUGUUCUACUGUGGGGAAACGCCAUUAUGUGGAGGAGGAUUUGGAUAAUGCAAUAGGCUCUGCUGUUAUACGCCAACGAAAUUAUCCUUUUUGCCAAAUCUGUUCGCAGCAGAUGAAUGGGUAAUGCUCCUGAGUCAAAAUCACUACAUAUCUGACUUGCAGGGAUCAUCUGAUAGUAUGUCGUAAAUGGAAUGUCUAAUUACCGUUAAUGAAAAUGGCUGCCAAGUUCUGUAACUCUGGCACAGGUGAUGAUUUUUUUAUUUAUAUAUUAUGGUGUCCCUGACAAAAUACAGUCCUUUCAAAAAGUUGUUUGGUUGAGUGAGACGCCAGGUCACAGUUCUCUUAUACACUCAAUGAUGGAAAUCACAAUAAUCAAUCAAUCAAAUGUUGCUCAAACUAAUUUACCAUGCAGUUAGUAUGAUCAACACGGUUAUUAAAUCCUACACUUAGGAUUUUACCAUGCUGGCAGUUCUGUAGACUUGCACCAUGUAGCUCCUUCAGAAAUGUGAUUUCUGAUGAAGAACAUCCUUCUUACUAACUGCAGGUCAAUGCUGCCCCUGAAACAAAUCAUUGUCAUUUCAGAAAUAGCAGCAUGUGAUAUUACAGCUUUUGUUCCAGUGUUAUUUAAUGGAAUGCAUAAGGGGUGUAAGAGCAUGCAUUAAUAUUUAUUGCUCAUAUCGGUCUACACGAACCAGAGGCACAGGUGGUGUUAAAGAGAGUGGAAAUGAAAAGAUGGAUGAUUGGAUGAAAUGAAAGACAAAGGUCUGUGAAGAGACCAGGGGAUGUUUCUGUCUGCUAGAUUUCGGAGAGCUACACGAAUAGAGAAUGGGCAAUAAGAGGCCGGGGGAAAGAGCAACAACACUGGGAAAGAGGGAUUAAACAUGUCCCACAUGUACCUUCCAGGCUCCACAAGAUGUCUCUGCUGAGGUAAGAGCAGAGUCCUGAGAGGAUCAGCAAUCCGAAAGAGCCAGAGGUCAGCAUUCAGUCUCAUUAGUGGGUCAAUAGGUUGACCGCAUGACGCCAGGAAAAGUGAAGUGAGCUCUUUUUCCUCUUUUUUGGCCUCGCAAAGCUCUGCAGUUUGUUUACCUCGCACGUAAAGGCGCGCACACACACACACAUACACAUACACACAUUAGCAGGCAGGGGAAGAGGAGGCCGAGUGGAGGAAGUGCUUCGUCAUGGCCCUGGUGAACUCGUGUGUCUGCUCUCGGGGCUGCAAGGGGAAAAAAUGACUGGCGACAGGAAAAAACAAAGCGGUGAUAUCGUCACUGGGACAUGCAGCAGGAAUUCGCUCGGGUCUCUGCCAGAGCAACAGCGUAGAAACUGUGUUAUGGGGACCGCUAUUUUACGUCAUAUGAUAGCGUAGUUCCAGUCAGGGGUUUGGUAUUUCUCAUUGUGGUUUAUGGGAGGAGGAAAGGGAUAAUUUUAUAAAGAUUUGCAGUGGAUUGCCUUUUUAAGUAAACCAGCUCAAGUUUUAUGAGUUUUUCAUUGUGUGGAUGUGUGGUGUUGAGCUGCACACUACAGCAUGAUUUCAGAGCAGGGUAUCUGACAGAAGGAGGCAUUUUACUCAGGUCACACAGAUAUAGAGCACCUGUGACCUCAUGAAGCGUGGCAGUCCUUACAGGGUGAGAGAGAGGAGGAUGAUCCACUUGAGUGAUUUUCCAUUCAGAAGACAUUCCUGGAUUUGUUUCGAUGUGGAUAAUGGCACGUCAUCAGGACGCAGCCCGUUGGACCCGAUGGCCAGCCCUGGGUCAGGUCUCAUCCUGCAGGCCAACUUCGUCCAUAGCCAGCGGAGGGAGUCGUUCCUGUACCGCUCUGACAGUGACUAUGACCUCUCACCAAAGUCUAUGUCAAGAAACUCCUCCAUCGCCAGUGACAUACAUGGAGAUGACAUGAUUGUUACCCCUUUUGCACAGGUCCUGGCUAGCUUAAGAACAGUACGGAAUAAUUUUUCAGCACUGACAAAUGUACAGCAAGAAAGAGCCUCCAACAAGAGAUCACCCAUGUGUAAUCCUCCCCCCAUCACAAAGACCACAUACACAGAAGAGGCCUACCAGAAGCUGGCCACUGAGACGCUGGAGGAGCUUGACUGGUGCCUAGACCAGCUGGAGACCCUGCAGACCCGGCACUCGGUCAGCGAGAUGGCCUCUAACAAGUUCAAGAGGAUGCUGAACCGAGAGCUGACCCACCUGUCUGAAAUGAGCCGCUCUGGAAACCAGGUGUCUGAGUUCAUCUCCAGUACUUUUUUAGACAAGCAGCAUGAAGUGGAAAUGCCGUCUCCACAAUCACAGAAGGACAAGGAGAAGAAGAAGCGGCCGAUGUCCCAGAUCAGCGGCGUGAAGAAGCUCACUCACAGUUCCAGCCUCACCAAUUCCAACAUCCCUCGCUUCGGAGUCAAGACGGACACAGAGGAAGCACUGGCCAAGGAGCUUGAAGAUGUGAACAAAUGGGGCCUUAAUGUUUUCAAAGUCACAGAGUUCUCUGGCAACAGACCUUUAACAGUUAUGAUGUACACAAUAUUCCAGGAGAGAGACUUAUUAAAAACAUUUAAAAUUCCACUCGACACUUUUAUAACGUAUCUGAUGACGUUAGAAGACCAUUACCAUAGCGAUGUUGCCUACCACAACAACAUCCACGCUGCCGAUGUGACUCAAUCCACUCAUGUGCUGCUCUCCAGCCCUGCUCUCGAGGCUGUUUUCACAGAUUUAGAGAUUCUUGCUGCCAUAUUUGCCAGCGCGAUACAUGAUGUCGAUCAUCCUGGCGUCUCCAACCAGUUCCUCAUUAACACUAACUCUGAGCUGGCUCUUAUGUAUAAUGACUCGUCUGUGUUGGAGAACCAUCACCUGGCUGUGGGCUUUAAGCUUCUGCAGGAGGAGAACUGUGACAUCUUCCAGAACCUCACCAAGAAACAGAGACAGUCGCUGCGCAAGAUGGUCAUCGACAUUGUUCUGGCGACAGACAUGUCGAAACACAUGAAUUUACUGGCGGAUCUGAAAACCAUGGUGGAGACAAAAAAAGUGACCAGCUCUGGAGUUCUGCUGCUGGAUAAUUAUUCAGACAGGAUACAGGUGCUACAGAACAUGGUGCACUGUGCAGACCUCAGUAACCCCACCAAGCCACUGCAGCUGUACCGCCAGUGGACAGACCGCAUCAUGGAGGAGUUCUUCAGCCAGGGAGACCGUGAGAGGGAACGAGGCAUGGAGAUCAGCCCCAUGUGUGACAAACACAACGCUUCGGUUGAGAAAUCCCAGGUGGGCUUCAUCGACUACAUCGUGCACCCGCUGUGGGAAACGUGGGCAGACCUGGUGCACCCCGACGCCCAGGACAUCUUGGACACCCUGGAGGACAACAGGGAGUGGUAUCAGAGCACUAUCCCGCAGAGCCCGUCCCCCGCACUGGACACAAAUUCAGAGGGACGCCGCACCACCACCCAUGACAAGUUCCAGUUCGAGCUCACACUGGAGGAGGACGGGGAAUCGGACACAGAGAAGGACAGCGGCAGCCCUCCAGAUGAGGAGGAGGAGGAAGAGGAAGAGGAUGAGAACAGCUGCAGUGACUCUAAAACCCUUUGCACACAGGACUCGGAGUGUACCGAGAUCCCCCUGGAUGAACAGGUGACUGAAGGGGAGGAGGUAGGAGAGGAGCAGAGAGAGGAGGAGGGUGAGAUAUCAGAACCCUGUGUUUUAGUGGAACGGGAGGAGGAGGAGGAGGAGGAGGAGGAAGAGCAGGACACUGCCAAUACGUAACACAGUAUGAGAUAGCAUCUGGACUUCUUUUAUACUAGACAUGAGAGCCACUUAUUUAUGGAUAAGCUGUAGGGUUUUUCAUAUUUUUAUGUUUUUUGUGUGUAUGUGUGUACUGUACAUCUUUAUCCAAAAAUGUAUAUUCAUUUCCCUAUCACCAUCACUGGCAUCAUCCAUAUGGUCCUUGUUUUUAUUUUAUUUUUUUAACUUUUAUCCAUGACUAGUGCCGUUUUGCCCAUUUUUGUACUCAGGAAAGUCUUUUCCACGCACACACAUUUGAAACAAACGUUUGUCUUUUUUGUAAUUUGUCAAUAUUUCUGUUUUUAACUAAGGUGGAAUUUAAAAAAGAGAUUCAUUUAGUUUUCAGUUUCAUUUGCCAAAAACACCCAUCAAACCAUCUGGGGUUUUUUUUCCAACUUGUGGUUUGAUGGGAGCUUCAUUGCAUGGAGACACAUGUGGCUGGUAGACAUUCACUACACAAUUUGAAUGUUAUUUCUUCCUCAAAGUCUAGAUCUACUUUAUUUGCAGUGCUUAGUGUAGAUAGACUCAUUACCAAAGCUAAUAGAAAUGACUCAUGGCACAAGGAAAUCAAACUGAAAAAAAUUUACAAUCGGCAACUGCCAAAGAGUGUUUUUUUUCUGUUGUUGUCGUUGUUGUUGUUUUUUUUUUUUUUUUAGUGUUAUGUGUCGUCUUUAUGAAAUAACAUAUUUGUUUAUUAUUUAAUGGAAAGAGUGCUCCGUUUGGUGCAGGCCAUCAGUUACAUAGUAACUGACACUAAUCAUUGACUUGUUUUUUAUUUUCUCGGUCUUACUUAGACAAGCCUUAAGAUUUUGUUGCCUGUCAAAAAAUGGACUAAACCAGAAGCUUCCUGCUUCUUCAUUCCUAAAGGUGAUGUAAAGUUUGAACUAAAGAUUCAUAAACAGGCCAAAAUAGAGACAGCAAAUCGAAUGAUAAGUUGUUUCACUCUUUUCUCAGGCUUCAUUAUUUGUAUGGCAGUUUUCUGUUUAGAAGUCACUGGUGUCAAGACGUAUGCUGACUCCUAAAUGGCUCUCUACUGCUUACUUUUAUAUACACUCACUGACCACUUUAUUAGGAACACCUGCUUAAUCAUGCAAGUAUCCCAUCAGGCAAUCAUGCAGCAGCAGCAAAUCCUGCAGACACAGAUCAAGCACUUCAGUUAAUGUUCACAUCAAACAUCAGAAUGGGGAAAAAGUGUGAUCUCAGUGACUUUAACCGUGGCAUGGUUGUUGGUGCCUGAUGGGUUGGUUUGAGUAGUUCAGAAACUGCUGAUCUCCUGGAAUUUUCAGACAAAACAGUCUCUAGAGAUUACACAGAAUGGUGUGAAAAACAAAAAACAUCCAGUAAGUGUUCUUUGUUUUUUGCAACAUUCUGUGUAAACUCUAGAUGAUAAGAAUGUUAACUGAAGCUCUUGACAAGCAUUUGCAUAAUUUUAUGCAUUGUUCUGCUGCCACUUGAUUGCCUGAUUGCAUCAGUGAUCAGGUGUAGUGGUGUUCCGAAUAAAGCAGAUGGUGAGUGUAGAUACUACGACUACCAUGUAGUCAUUAGCACAUAUUGAUACUAAUGACUACAUGUGGUAUGAAGCAAUAUCCAACUUUUGUCAACAAACAGUACUUUUCCUUGUCACUGGGAUGGUACCAUCAAGAGGACAUCUUUUGUACCUUUAGUAUGUAUCUUAUACUUGGGAAUUAUGUGGUGUAUCUUUAAAUAGCUGUCCGAGUAAAGUUUCAAAGGUACAUCAGUGGUCCUUAAAGUCCAAUUACAUACUUUCAAUUAUUUUUAAAGGUAAAAGAUACAUACUAAAGGUACAAAGAUAACCCCUUGAUGGCACCACCCUGGUGACAAGGAAAAAGCUCAGUUUGGUACCUUCAUUUUUGAGAGUGGAAGAGAUUCAUUUGGGAUUCAGCUAUACUGUGUGUAUGUAGUGGGAUCCAAAAGUCUGAGACCACAUUGAAAGCAAAGUAUUAAUUACUAAGAAGUUCUGAAAUUCUUGUAAAGAUUUCUUGCUGAUUAUUGCUGAUAAUAUAAUUUGUAGUUAACUCUUUUGAAAAGAAUGCAAAUUAGAAGUAUUUUCACUAGUAGUCUUAGACUUUUGGACCCCACUGUAUACAAGCAAAAUCCUUCUAGCUCUAACUCCUAAAGCUUCGCUUCAGAUGACCAUGGGGGAACGGGUCAGAUCAGAAGCACCAAUACUAGGCAUCACGAGUGUUUUUGCUCAGUGUGUGUUGUAAACAUCUAUAAGCCAGAGAUUCAGCGUGAAACUGCACAGCAGCAUGCUUAAAUGUAUAUAGCUGGUUAAGAUGAGCCUAAGGCUGAAGGCCAGUAAGUCUUCUUCUUCUUCUUCAUUCCUCAUUCUGGUUUGAUCACAGGGCAGUCAGCGCUAAUGUGACUUUCCGCUGAAACUUGCACUCAUUCGCUGCACCAGUACACCUGUUCAGUUUGUGUUUACCAUUAUGAGCCUCCUUCUAAUUUAUUUCCGUUUUUCCAUUUCUGCGCUUGUAGCAUGGUGAAAUCAAAUCCAACUGUAGCAGCAGAAGGGUGGUGAGAGAGCAAGUGUGAGCAUAUUUUGAUUAGAAGACAGUAACUGUAAUGUUAAUCAAAUGUUAAAAAAAGAAAACUAUAUGUAUAAAGACCCCGCCUUUAGAAACGGCCCGUCCUUGGAUUUUUUUUUUUUUAUUAUAUUUUUUGUCUCAUUGCCAAAUGAUUUCUCUCCAUCAGUUAAUCCUCAGCCAGUUUCCUUGCUUUCAGUGGUUUCUCAUUUCUGUCUGUUUACAUGUAUUUAUUGUGCUGUACAGUACAUACUGUUGUUCUUACCAUGUUGUAAAUGAUUCUAUCAUCCCUAAUGGUGAUGGUGUUGCUGUAUUACAGAACUCUUAUUGAGAGAAUGUUUUAUUCUUAUUCAUUAUAUUAAGGACCCAUCUAUAAACAUCUCCUACGAGAUUGUUUUGUGUGGAGGAGUGAAGAAAUCCAAUUUUUUGUGUGUUUUCUUUCUUUAGAGAAACAGCAGUCCCUUGGCCAGAGGGUUGUGCCUUAAUAAACUUUUUUAUUUAAGUUUCUUAUCUUCUUGCUGCACUAAAGAAAAAAACGUACUGGCUGGAAAUUGACCUUAAUGUAUUUUAUUAUUGUUAUUUUCCUCAUUUUUAAGUGUAAGAGAUGAAUAUUUCUUGAUUGAGAUGAGUGAUUUCUUCAGCUGAUGAAAAAGGCCAGUAUGGAAGAUUGUUUUGUGUCUAAAAGUAAAUCACUACAUUUGGCAGCACACUGUAAUGCUGUUUUUUUUUUUCUUUCUUUUUUUUUUUUUUUUUUUGUAACCAGAUCAGAUUGAUGUGUUUUUAUAAGCUGUCAACAUAUGAUUAUGUGCUAAACUAUGGUAAUAUGUGAUAUAUACAGUCCCCUCAGAAAAGCAAGGCCAAUUCUUUUCUUUUUGCUAUACACUGAAGACACUGACGAUGAGUAUAACACAUCUAGAUGUAUAUGAUAUUUACAUCUAGAUGUGUUAAACAACUUAGAACAUGGCACCUUAGGUGGCAGAACACCUAAUUUUUAGGUGAGCAAAAGUAUUAGAAUGGAUAGUCUUAAAGUAAAUUAAAGUAAAGAACACUUAAUAUUUGGUUGCAUAUCCCUUGCGUGCAAUAACUGCAUCAAACCGGUGACCCAGCUUUCUGGUCUUCAUGUUGGUUUAUCCUUUUUAACACACGCAAAACCCAGGGCUCAAACCAAGAGUGGUUAUUCAGACCUAUUAAUUGUUUAAAUAAUCAAACUAACAGGGCACACCUGACCAACAAGAAACACCUGUCAGUCACAUGUUCCAGUAUUUUUGAUCACUUGAAAAAAAUGGGUGGAGUCAAAGAAAAGUGCCAUGUUUUAAGUUAUUUAACACAUGUAGAUGUAAAUAUCAGGAAAUGAAAGCUGAGAUUCUGAUCUAUUGUCUAAUAUUAAUCUUUUGAUCUCAAACCCAAAUGUCUUCAAUGUCUAGCAAAAAGAAUAGAAUUAGCCUUGCUGUUCCAAUACUUUCGGAGGGGACUGUAUGAAUGUGUGCCAAAGCAGAAUUGAAAAGCUCUAGAUCUGUGUAAAUUUUUUUUUUUUUUUUUAGACUUACUGGAUUUUCAGUCAAUGUUAAUAAUUAAUUUGACUGAAACAAAAGAUUCAUGCUAGAUCAUUAAAGUUUUUUACUGACAUCUGUGUAACAUGCAAUAUGAAAAAAAAAAAACACUUUGCAUUUCCAUUGGGGACGUUAGGCUUUUUCAUUUUGGAUAAAGGAUGGAAUGUCUUUAUAAACUCCAAUCCUUGAGUGGAGACUAAUUUUGACACAUAUACUGUAGAUUCCUAAUUGCCCUAAAUGGAUAGAAUCAGUGGCUCCUUUCCUUUUUUUGUCUCAUGCCAUCUUUUUACAUCAUCAGAAAAAAAAAAAAAAACGAUUUAGGGAUAACUAUUUUUUGUUAUGUGACUUGAAUGCCAACUUACCUGGAGGUUUCACAAGACAAUGUAGUUGUUUAAUGGAUUCCUUAUUUAUGACAGUCUAUUGGAUAGAACUGUAGAAGUUAAACUUGUAAAAAAAAAAAAAAAAAAAAGUUAAAAUUGAAUAAAAAUGUUUUAUAUGCACCAGAAUAAAUGAAAGCAUGGGUUGACUGCAUACAUCUGUGCCGUGUCUUUUUAUCUGAACUCAUAAUCAGAUGUGUAGUGUAAUGUGGAAUAUGACUCCUCAAACGCAGUCAAACCUCAGAAAGUGGGAUUGA